AUGACAGAUAAGAGAAGAAUAAAUGGACCUCCUGGAGGUACUCAGCCUCCCGUUUUUUUGCCCCCAUUAUCAGCUGAGAAUCAAAAAUCAAUAGCUGAGAGGCCCAUCCGCUCACGGAAGGCAGCUGAGCUCAGAAAAAUAUUUCUGAAAAGUGGUGUUAUCCCUUCGGCGUCAGGAUCCGCAUAUCUGGAGCUGCAGCCCUCCAAUGAUCCCGCAUACAAGUCCAAAACCCUCAUCCCACCCUCUUCGUCUCUGAAGCUCGUAUGUACGGUCCACGGCCCUAGGCCUCUUCCACGCUCUGCACCAUUCUCUCCCAACCUUAUUUUGUCAACCCACGUUAAAUUUGCACCGUUCGCUGGUAGAAGGCGGAGGGGUUAUAUACGCGACAUGUAUGAGAGAGAUUUAGCGGUCCACCUUGAAACCGCCCUUGGGGGAAUGAUUAUUGGGGAUCGAUGGCCCAAGAGCGGUCUGGAUGUGACCGUAAACAUUUUGGAGGGAGAAGAUGAUCGAUGGUGGGGCGAUUCACUCUCACCUGGGCCACUGGGUGGAGUUGACGGUUGGGGAUUAAUGAACGUUCUUGCAAGCUGUAUAACAGUUGCUUCAGCGGCAAUCGUCGAUGCUAGGAUUGAUUGCUUGGAUUUGCUCGCCGGAGGUGUGGCUGCUAUUGUGGAAGAGAAAGAUCGCAUGAGCCAGGAUACCAAUUCGAAGGAACAAGGGAGAUCUUUGGUGCUGGACCCCGACCCGUCUGAACAUAGGGACAUUGCAUCCCUUUGCAUAGUCGGAUACAUGCCAUCUCGGGACGAAAUAACUGAGGUUUGGCUUAAAGGAGACGUGUCUGGUGUUGGUUACGACUCCCUUAUGGAUGGUGCUGUCGAAGCUGCUCGAGCUGCGCAGGCUAUUGUUUUAGAAGCAGCAAAAGAUCCUCAGUUGUUAGGUUCUGCUCUUCGCCAAUCUGCAGCCAUGAGUGAGACAUACCAAUAUAAUGCUGAUAUUGCACACAAGUACCAUCUUGAUGUGAACCUAUGGUUCCUGUACAUCUGUCUACAAAAGUCCGAUUACAAGACUAUCGACUUCAGUGCCGUCGGGCAAGCAGCAAAUAUAAACCCGCCUGCGGCGCGAAUGCGUUUCACCCGCUUGAAAAAGGCAAUAGAAAGCGGCACGUUAAACAGUUCCACAGGAACAUCCCUCGUGGCGGAAGGUGCCGGCAGCAUGCCACUAUCUAUCGGCAAUAGGAAAGGGAAAGCCCAACCAAAUGCAGCCAAACGCGCCAAGGCUACUACGAAAUCGAAAGCAGACAGUAUGGCAAAGAGUGAUGCUUCCAAGCCCGGAGCAGGAUCCUCGCGUCCUGGAGCCAUGGACCCGGUGGUUAAGAUGGAGACUGACGAUGUCAGAGAUUACGGUAUAAGGGAUAAAAACAGCGUGAACAUUGCCUCGAAUGAGGACGACGAUGAAGAUGAUAUCCCCCUUGCAGUAAAGCGAAGGGCGGAAUUAGCUAGGAAGCGAUAUGGGGCUGUAGAUGGCGCGGCUCACGAGAAGAAACGCAGAAAGGUCGACUUCGAAAACCAGAACUUAGUUUCAACCGUCCCCAUUGGAUUUCCCUCAUCCGAAGGGCGGACUUGUUUAAACAGCAUGACUGGUGGCGAACUGGGAUCCUCGGGGAUUGCGCAAGCAAGUUGCUUCACUGGGGGCGAUUGGGUUGGCUAUAUCCCCCAACUGCAGGAAGGAGUACAGCAAUCGAGGUUUGCAAAUAUGCAGCCCCGAUUGAAGACAAGCUUGCCGCUACGGGCAUGGAGAGAAGGCGUACGGUUGUCAAAUCCAUACCAACAAUGCCCGGCUAGCCCUGAAGGAAAACGCAGCCCGACCCAGCUUCUUCCAGACAUGGACUCUUUUGAGGUGGCUGCAUCUUCACAAAUUACUUGCCCAAGCACCAGUACUAUGUCCCAGGCCAGGGACUCCCACAUCGACACAAUCUCGCUCUCGUCAACAUCAUCCUUAACAUCGCCUGUGAUAGAACCAGCCGCCUCACAGGUUGCAUCGUUGCAACAAAUGGAUACCCACUGUAACCGAUACCCAGGAUUCCAAGAAACCACGGACAAGAAAUGGAGCUGGAGACAAUAUCGACUCCCACAUAUAGUUGUCACUGAUAUGGACCCUCACUCACCUCGCAAUUGGCUAAACCCCGGCAGCCUCGUGGCGAUCGGAAAGGCAGAAAAGGCAGUGAACAAUGCAUUGUUCGGGCCGGGCUCUCCUGCAUUUGGACGAAAGCUACCUUUAUCCCGCAUGCAGGAAGCAGAAGCUGAGGGGAAGGGGAAAGAUCCCAAGCAAUACUUGGAAGUUCCCUGGGUUCCAUUGGAGGAGAACCCACGAGAGUAG